AUGGCUCCUGCCGGCCCGCCUGUGUCCCGCCUCUUUGCAGCAUCUCGCUCUCCUAUUGGCUGCCUUAGCUGUCGAUACGAGCCCGCAGCCGGCGGUGUGGGCGGGGCCUCCCUGAAAUUGACAGCGCGCUCGCCCAAUGAGGGGCGGAGCCUCGCCGCCUCCCCAGCGGGCGGGGCCGGGCCCGGCCACUCCGGCCCUUUGUGUCGGCGAGCGGCGGGCGAGGGGCCGGGAGCGGCUCUUGGGGGGGGCUGCGGGAGGGACCCCCAGAUCCACAGCGGGAUAUUCGGGGGGGGGGUCACGACAGAGCCCGGCAGGAUGGAGCCCCCUCCUCCCCGCCCGCGCUGGCGGCUGCGACCCCCGGAGGCCGCCCCGGACGGGGGAGGGGACCCGGGGGGGUGGACACCCCGAGGGGAGUGGACACGGCGCCUGGUGCCGGGCGGUGGCGGGGGAGGCUCCGGCGGUGCCGGUACCGAGCUGCGGCGGCUGCGGUUCCGGCAGUUCCGCUACCAGGAGGCGGCGGGACCGCGGGACGUGUGGCGGAGGCUGCGGGAGCUGUCGCAGCGCUGGCUGCGGCCCGAGGAGCGCAGCAAGGAGCAGAUCAUGGAGCUGCUGGUGCUGGAGCAGUUCCUGAGCAUCCUGCCCGAGGACAUCCAGAGCUGGGUGUGGGUGCGGCACCCCGAGUCCUGCGCGCAGGCCGUGGCCUUGGCCGAGAGCUUCCAGCUGGGGCGAGGAGAUCCCGACGGGAUUUGGGAGCAGCAGGUGACCGUGAGGGUGAAGGUGGAGGACGUGGCCCCGGGGGAUGUGGAUGACCCUGGAGCUUUGGGGGUCCCACCCAGCACCCCCUCGGAUUCCCCCCGGGAGGAGGCGGCUCCGGGCAAGGAGAAGGCGGUGGUGGCCGAGGAAGAGGAGCCACAAGAAGGAGGUCCCACCACGGCCCCAGAGCUGCCCCUUCCCCAACCCCAACACCCUCACAGCGUCCGGAGAGGACCCCCCCGGCGCCAAACCCAGCGGGACCCCAGCACCCCCAAAGCGGACGGCGGGAGCGCGGCCGAGCCGCCGGCGCGGCCGUACCCCUGCGGUCAGUGCGGGAAGAGCUUCGGCCGCCUGACCCACCUGAAGACCCACGAGCGGACGCACACGGGGGUGAAGCCGUACGGCUGCGGCGCCUGCGGCAAGCGCUUCGGCCACCUGUCCACGCUGACCACGCACCGGCGGCUGCACACCGGCGAGCGGCCCUACGGCUGCGGCGCCUGCGGGAAGAGCUUCACCAACCCCUCGGACCUCAACAAGCACCAGCGCUCGCACACGGGCGAGCGGCCGUACCCCUGCCCGGCCUGCGGCAAGCGCUUCAGCCAGCAGUCCAACCUGACCAUGCACCGGCGCAGCCACACCCAGGAGCGGCCCUACCCCUGCCGGACCUGCAGCAAGAGCUUCAAGUACCUGGCGGACCUGACGGUGCACGAGCGCUCCCACACCGGCGAGCGGCCCUUCCCCUGCGGCCACUGCGGCAAGAGCUUCAGCAACAAGUCCUCGCUGGCCCGGCACACGCGGAUCCACGCCAGGGACAAGUGCUCGGCGAGCUGGCGGCAGCGCUCCAGGCCGGCGUGGACGCCGGUGACUGCCCGGCUCUGCGCCCACCCGGUGAUGACCACGCGGUGCUGGCGGCCGGAGCGGAAUUCCCUGGUCAGCCAGGCCGAGAAGGGGACGCGGAUCUCGCGCCGAAUCCCUCGGAGAACCACGGCGCACUCGGAGCGCGCCGGGAUCUCCUCGCGGAGCCGGUGGACGCGCCACACGAACUCGGUGGCGCUGGCGCCGCCCGCCCACGGCACGGAGGUGACGUUCCCCACGUCCCAACCUCCCGAUUCCAUGAAAACCAGCGGAGCCGCCCGGAGCACCCCGCGCGAAGCCACCAGCGCCGGCAGCUCGGCGCUCCAGCCGCGUUCCACCUCCGUGGCCUCCUCCAAGGACACGUCGGCGAUGGAGACGUCGGCCGGGCCUUGCCGGACCACCAGGAUCUGGUACCAUUUGUACCAAAUCUCCUCGCCGUCCACGGCCACGAACAGCGCCUGCUGCUCCUUGGACACUUUGCCCAGCCCGUCCGGGCUGCGGCCGACGAAGAUGUCGGUGAGGGGACAUCCCUCCACGGCCCCCUCGGGGGUGCUGCCGAAGGAGGUGUCCACCCAGUCCAGCGCCUCGAAGCCGCCGGGGUUGAUCAGGAGCUGGAAUUCGGAGCUCGUCACCUCCUCCUCGGCCCACGGGAAGGAGCAGAAGGGGCCGCGCUCGGGGUCGAAGGAGCCCAGGUUGCAGCCCAGGAGGCGAGUGGAGCAGACGAACUGCGGGCGGCCGGAGCGCUGGGUCCAGCUGGACACGGCGUGCGCCGGGACGUGGCCGCGGAAAGGGAGCCAGCAGAGCCAGGAGUGACCGGCCCUGGAGCACGGCUCGGGGUGAAGGGACUGGGUGGG